AUGUCACAAAGUCGGCCUGGGCUGUUCCCGACCUUGCGCAUGGGUGAGGUCGUCCGUGAAAAGGUCCAAGAUGGCCUGACGGGCGAGGCCAAAGAGAUCUCAUAUACCCAGUGCAAGAUCGUGGGCAAUGGAUCGUUCGGCGUCGUGUUUCAGACCAAGAUGGCCCCCAGCGGCGAGGACGCUGCUAUCAAGAGAGUCCUGCAAGACAAGCGGUUCAAGAAUCGUGAGCUUCAGAUUAUGCGGAUCGUGCGCCAUCCCAAUAUCGUCGAACUCAAGGCCUUCUACUACUCCAACGGCGACAGGAAAGAUGAAGUGUACCUCAACCUUGUGCUCGAAUACGUCCCCGAGACCGUGUAUCGCGCAUCGCGGUAUUUCAACAAGUUGAAGACGACGAUGCCCAUGCUGGAAGUCAAGCUUUACAUCUACCAACUCUUCCGGUCGCUAGCCUACAUCCACUCACAAGGCAUCUGCCAUCGCGAUAUCAAGCCCCAGAACCUCCUCCUGGACCCCAACACUGGUAUCCUGAAACUCUGCGAUUUUGGCUCCGCCAAGAUUCUCAUCGAAAAUGAACCCAAUGUCUCCUACAUCUGUUCUCGCUACUACCGAGCCCCGGAGUUGAUCUUCGGUGCCACCAACUACACAACGAAGAUCGAUGUGUGGUCGACUGGUUGUGUGAUGGCCGAGUUGAUGCUGGGGCAACCCCUCUUCCCUGGUGAAUCGGGAAUUGACCAGCUGGUGGAAAUCAUCAAGGUGCUCGGCACCCCGACUCGUGAGCAGAUUCGGACCAUGAACCCCAAUUACAUGGAGCACAAGUUCCCCCAGAUCAAGCCUCAUCCCUUCAACAAGGUCUUCCGCAAGGCUCCCCCCGAGGCCAUCGAUCUCAUCUCGGCACUUUUGGAAUACACCCCUACCCAGCGGUUGUCGGCCAUCGAAGCCAUGUGCCACCCCUUCUUCGAUGAGCUGCGGGACCCGACCACUCGGUUACCGGACUCGCGACACCAUGGCAACCCCGCCAAGGAUCUACCCAACCUGUUCGACUUCUCGCGGCAUGAACUCUCGAUCGCGCCCGAACUGAAUAGCCAGAUCGUUCCUCCUCACGCCCGUCCCGCUCUCGAAGCACAAGGUCUUGACAUCGACAACUUCAAGCCCUUGUCCAAGGAGGAGAUGAUGGCCCACCUCGACUGA